UCUUCUUCCACCGCACCACUCCACUCCACUCUCUCUCUCCCCUCUUUCUUUUGUCUCCCUUAAAACAAAAGCAAAACCCUAUCACCACAAAUAAAUGAAAUAAUAUAAAUGAACACACUUUGAUCUUCGAAAGAACACUCUUCUUUCCUUCACUUCGUAUAGCUAAGAUAUUAUAUAGAUGGAGGAGCUGGCGGAGCUGGGCCACCUGUUCAUGACGGUGUUCCUGUCGACGCUGUCGGCGAUCAUGGUGGUUCCGGCGAUCACCGACGUCACCAUGGAGGCGCUCUGCCCCGGCGUCGACGAGUGCUCCCUCGCCAUCUACCUCUCCGGUUUCCAACAAGCUGUGAUAGGAGUGGGGACGGUGGUGAUGAUGCCACUAAUUGGGAAUUUGUCGGACAGAUAUGGGCGCAAAGCUUUGCUCACUUUCCCCAUCACCAUCUCCAUCAUUCCUCUCGCAACACUGGCAUAUAGCAGAUCAACAGAGUUCUUCUAUGCCUACUACAUUCUCAGGACACUCACUGCCAUGCUCUCUGAAGGCAGCACCAAUUGCCUUGCUCUUGCCUAUGUGGCAGACAACAUCUCAGAAUCCAAAAGGACAUCAGCAUUUGGGAUCCUAGCUGGUGUUGGCUCGGCUGCUUUCGUGUUUGGGACCUUAGCUGCUCGCUUCCUCUCCACCGCGCUAGCUUUCCAGGUUGCUGCAGUUCUGUCCAUGGUUGCAGCUGUGUACAUGAGAGUCUUUCUCAAGGACAAGCUGUCUGAAACAGGACACCUCCUAGCACAGCCAAUCUUGAAGCAAAUAGUCUCGAACGACGAUGAGGUUGGUGAUGGUGAAAGUUGUGUUCUGACCAACAAGGUGGCAUUCAAGGCAUUUCCAUCCGUUGGUGACCUUGUUUCCUUGCUUAGGACCAGUGUGACAUUUUCUCAGGCAGCAAUAGUCACAUUCUUCAACAGUCUUGCUGAAGGUGGACUCCAAGCUGCCAUGAUGUACUAUUUGAAGGCGCGAUUUCAGUUCAGCAAGAACCAGUAUGCUGAUCUAAUGCUCAUUGUGGGUCUUGCAGGAAUGUUGUCUCAAGUAAGUAUAAUGGUGACACCACAACAGCUUGUUCUGAUGCCAUUGCUGGCGCCUUUCGUAGCAGAACAGAAGCUGCUUUCACUUGGCCUGCUGGUAGGCUGUGCAAAUACUGUUGUUCUGAGUGUCGCUUGGUCGAACUGGGUUCCAUAUGCAACAGCAGUAUUCACUGUAGUUGUAGUUCUUGUAACUCCUUGUCUUCGUAGCAUCGCGUCGAAGCAAGUUGGAUCGAGUGAGCAGGGGAAGGCUCAGGGUUGCCUUUCAGGGAUAGGUUCCAUUGGCAGCAUCAUAUCUCCAUUGCUCUUUAGCCCUUUGACAGCUAUGUUCCUCUCAGAAAAACCACCAUUUGACUUCCCUGGAUUCAGCAUUCUGUGCAUCGGAUUCAUGACGAUGAUUGCCUUCAUUCAAAGUCUUAUGAUAACUGCAGAUCAUCAUCAUCAUCAGAUCCCAACUCACAAGAUCGACUGUAGUGACCGCCUGGAGGCCUCUAGUUGUGAUCACUUGAGAUAGAGCUGAGCUAGUAGUAGCUAUGAUAAUGAUCCAUCAGUUAAUUUAAUAUGUACACUUUGUAAAAUGUGUUAUCGCAUGUAUAUAUAGUAUAGCUCAUAUAAACGUACAUAUGGUAAACCCUUAUGUAUAGUAUCCUAUCUGGUGUAUUUCGAACAACUUCGAACUAUCAGAACUGUUAAUUAUUUUUUUAUUAAAUUAAUUUUGGAGUUUGCGUUUAAAGAAUUAGGUCGUAGACUUCACCUUUUAGAAAUUCAGGGAUAGUGCCAUAUAUUCAUGAUUUGGAUAGCAUCAUCUCACU